CAGACAGGGGUGUUUCUGGAUUAAAAGCCUGUGAGCUCUCUCCCAACCAAAGCAGCAAGACUGGCUUUGCACCGCCCCAGCCGAAGCCUCCCGCAGCAUGGCUGGGGAGCAGGAGAGCUGAGGCUGGUGUGGCUUCGUGUCUCAGCUUUGGCCUCGGUGGUGGUUCGCGCAGCUGUGAAGAAUGACAUCGAGAGGGGCUGGGACUGCCUUUCCCCGCAGGAGCUACAGGCUGAGCACGGAGUCCGAGAAGCCCAAGGUCACGGGGAUUGUGAACAGCAAGUUGCUGAAUGACUAUCUGCACCGCAUCUUCCCUAGUGCCGAUGGGAUCCAGUCUGCAGCUGCUUACAGGAAGCCACUGACGUUCCAGAACCUGCAGGAGCACCUUGAGGGAUUGCUGGCAGAGGGCCCCGGGCCAGAGGGCAGUCGAGAUCAGGUGACCGAGGGGCGACUUGGUCCCUCCACUGUGGUGCUGGACCACACCAGUGGUUUUGAGGGACUCCUCCUGGUUGAUGAUGACCUGCUUGGGGUGAUUGGCCACAGCAACUUUGGCUCCAUCCGAGCCACAACCUGCGUGUAUAAAGGGAAAUGGAUCUACGAGGUGCUCAUCUCUUCCCAAGGGCUCAUGCAGAUCGGCUGGUGCACGCUCAGCUGCAGAUUCAACCAGGAGGAGGGGGUGGGAGACACCCCGGAUUCGUAUGCGUACGACGGGAACAGGGUGCGCAAGUGGAACGUCACCACCACCAACUACGGUAAAUCCUGGGCGGCAGGAGACAUCGUCAGCUGUCUGAUAGACCUGGACGAGGGGACCAUAGCUUUCUGCCUGAACGGUGUGUCUCUGGGAACAGCUUUCGAUAACAUCACCAGGGGAGCCGGCAUGGCCUACUUCCCUGCAAUCAGCCUCUCCUUCAAAGAGUCGGUCGCUUUCAACUUCGGCAGACGCUGGGGGGAAGAGCAGCCAGCACCUAGACCGUGCUGGGGUCAUCGCCCCCUGCAGGACCCGCCCAGCGCCGACCUGGUGAGAGCUCACAAGCUGCUGGGCUACCUGAAGAACGUCAUUCACCUUGGCCUCGAUGUGCUG